AUGCACAUGUUGGAUCUGGUCACCGAUAUCGCGAUGGCGUCGUCGUCGGGCAUGGAAAUCAGCGAACCCUUCCGCACGGAGGACCUCUCCAAGACGGACUUUUUCGACUUCGUCACCGGCUCCGCACCGGAUAUGGCCAUCAGCAGUAGCAGCGGUGGCAGCGCCAGCGGUGGCAACGCCAACAGCAACCGGGUGAUGUCGGGUGUCGGCCUGGGUGGAACGGUGACCGACCGACCGCCCGGUGGUGGUGGCCGUAACGGGAACGCCGACGGAACGUUGGACGGAUCGCCUGCCAACCGAAGUGCCACCAGCACGGCGGGAAACCCCACCGGCGACGCCAACGAUCAGCCCCUGCAAGGAUUCGAUCAGUUCUGGGGCUCCGAUAAGGAUGCGAACCGGCUCGAUCCGGCCAUGUUCGAGGACCUGAACCGCUACUGUUGGAUCCAGCAGAACAAUAACAACAACAACAACAGCAGUGCUGCCAAUAACAACAGCACCAACAACAACAACAACGGAGCGCUGAACCAUCAGGUGGCCGACACCGAUGGGCAGAUCUACACGCUGACAGUAUUAAAUGGAGCACCGGAGCCGUGGGUGUUGCGCAAGGACCCAACCACCUCGUCGGAGCCCGCGGCACCGGCCUCGAAUCUUGAUCUCGACACGAUUCUCGGCGGCUUUCCGGGCUACGUCAAGACGGAGUGCUUCUCGUACGAUGACAGUGGGUUCGGGACGGACCACCACGCGAAAGAGGACCCCCAUCAGCAACAGCAGCAACACCAGCAACAUCUGCUGGUGCAGCAACAGCACCAGCAUCUCCAGCAACAAGUACAACCUCAGCAGCAGCAACAGCAGCAGCAGCAGAUGCCGGUCACGUCGAGCAACAUUGUGCUGUCGAGCAACCUGCUCGACCCGAACAGUGUCCUGGCGUACCAGAACAACAACAACAACGAUUGGCAGAUGUCGGACCACAACGUGAUACAGCAGGAAACGCCGGAGUCGCUACUGCGCAGUGCGCUGCAGGGCAAGGGCUACACCAAAGGGAUGCAGCAGCUACAGAACGGGGCCACCGUGGGCGGUGGGGCCGUUACCGUGCUGCCGUCCCCCGGCCACAUGAAGGACGACGAGUUGCGGCGCGUUCUGUACGCGACCCACGGCGAUCCGACCGACUCGCUGUCCGCGUACGCCGACUCCACGCUCACCAGCAGCAUCUACGACGAAUCGGUCCUACACUCGCCUGCCUCGACGAACCAAUCGGUACAGCAACAUCAUCAGCAGCAGCAGCAGCUCGCCGGGGAUCUGGGCGGUGGGCCUGGGGGGCCAGGCUCCGGUCCCGGGAGUGUCGUCGUGGACGACAUGUUCCUCACGCUCGAUGCCGCCUUCACCGAGGACUACGAGAAGCUGAAGCGGAUAGCGACCGAGGUGCAACAGUUUUGCACCGACAACAACAACUACGCGGAGAUUAUCGUCGAAACGGGUUCGUCGAUCGUCGGCAACAAUGGUCUCUCCACCGCGGCCGCCGCCAACAACCACAACCUCGGGCACGGUAACGGUGCGCCGAGUCUGCUGAACAGCAGCAGCAGCAGUACCGUGGCCAACAGCAACAACCACCACCCGCUGAUCCUCUCGUCACCCAGCACACCGACGGCGGCACCGGCCGCGGGGCUGCAGCAGCGACAGCCGACCGUUUCGACGACCACCUGCUCCGACGUGGUCACGACCACGUCCACCACAAAAGCCAAGACGCCACGGGCCAAGAAAAGCUACAAACGAUCUCUCAGCACCAGCAACAGCGCAGGCGGCGCGACCGGAACCGGUGCACAGAACCCCAGCAGCAGUGCCAUCCUGGCCACCGGCAACACCAACCUAACGUGCCUUGCCACCCCACAACACAGCAACCACAACAACAACAACAACAACACGAACAUGAGCAACCUCAACACGAUGCUGAGCCCUAACGGGGGCGCCGCCGGAGGUACCGGGAGCGGAAACACGACCACGUCCACCACCACCACCACGAGUCCGACCCAGUGCGGCAAUGGCCAGCGGAAGGAACGCUCGCUGCACUACUGCUCGAUCUGCUCGAAGGGCUUCAAGGACAAGUACUCGGUGAACGUGCACAUCCGGACACACACAGGCGAGAAGCCGUUCGCCUGUUCGCUCUGCGGUAAGAGCUUCCGCCAGAAGGCGCACCUGGCCAAACACUACCAGACGCACCUGGCCCAGAAGAACCCUGCGGCCGGUACCGGUGCCGGCGUCGGGACGGUGUCGAAGCAAAGCAAACAGAGCCGACUGGCGGCCCCGCCACCGCCGCUCCUGGCCGACCCUUCCGGUGUCCCACCUGUCCCACCUCCGCCGCCUCCGCCACCGCCGGGCCUGCUGGCCACGUCCGUUGGGCCGCCACCGAUCGGAGUGGACAGCCGGCUCGACAUGUCCCCGCCGUUGCUCCUCAAUACCCCAGCAGCCAGCAGUGCCGCGAACAACACUGCCCCACCAAUCGUGGCCAGUAGGUGA